UUCCUCAAGACAUCUUCGUCUCAACUCGUUUUUAGAAAUCCCGACUCUAAGAACUUUUUGACUCGACCUUCCUCCUAUCAUCCUUCUCUUCGACGACAAUCAAUCUUCAUUGCCCCGAACUUUGAAGAUCCUUGAACUCGAUUCUUCCUCCUUCAACCUUUCGACUCGACUAAGUCAAGAAUUCUCAAUCUUUUGGAUUCUUCCUUCCUCGCUUACCUCCUCGCUCUCGCUAAUUUGACAUCGACAACAUCUACCUUAUUUCACUCAACCCUACAGUCGACAUGGUUUCCCGCAAGACCGCAGCAGCCACCGAGGCUUCUGCCAACAGAUACGAUUCUUACAUCAAUGAGCCCAUUGCCGUCGUUGGCACAGGAUGUCGCUUCCCAGGCGGCUCCAGCAGCCCGUCCAAGCUCUGGGACAUGCUCAUCGAGAGACGUGAUGCUUUGAGGGAUAUCGACCGCUGGAGCACUGAUGGGUUCCACCACACAAAUGGCGAGCGCUCUGGUGCUCUCAACGUCAAGAAUGCCUACCUUCUCCAGGAGGAUGUCAAGACCUGGGAUGCUUCUUUCUUCGGUAUCAACCCUCGUGAGGCUGAAGCCGUUGAUCCCCAGCACCGUAUCCUUCUCGAGACUGUCUACGAGGCUAUGGAAGCUGGUGGUUUCUCCAUGGAGCACAUGCAGGGUACCGACACUGCUGUGUACGUUGGUACAAUGACUGCUGAUUACUCUGAAAUGCUUCUCCGUGGUCCUGAAAACUUGCCCACCUACUUCGCUACCGGUACCAACUCAUCUAUCCUGUCCAACCGUGUCUCCUACUUCUUCGAUUUGAAGGGACCUUCUGAGACCAUCAACACUGCCUGCUCAUCCUCAUUGGUCGCUGUUCACCACUGCGUUCAAUCGCUUCGUAAUGGAGAAUCUCGAAUGGCUAUUGCAGGUGGUGCCAACUUGAUCCUGAACCCUGAGUUCAUGGCUUCCGAGGCCAACCUUCACAUGUUGUCUGCCGAAGGACGAUCUCGCAUGUGGGAUGCUGGUGCGAACGGAUAUGCUCGUGGUGAAGGUUUUGCCGCCGUCAUCUUGAAGAAGCUCUCGGAUGCUAUCGCUGACGGUGACGACAUCACCUGCAUCAUCCGUGAGACCGGUGUCAACUCCGAUGGUCGCACCAAAGGUAUAACAUUGCCAAGUGGCGAUGCUCAGACCACCCUUAUCAAACAAGUGUACCAAAAGGCUGGUCUGGACUCCUACUCCGCUAUUGACAGACCCCAAUACUUCGAAGCUCACGGCACUGGAACCCCUGCCGGUGACCCAAUUGAAGCCAACGGUAUCCGCGAUGCAUUCUUCUUCGAGGAUGUUCAGCGAGAGGGUGAGAGAUUGAUUGUUGGAUCAGUCAAGACCUCCGUCGGUCACACCGAGGGUACUGCUGGUCUUGCUGGUCUGAUCAAGGUUGCUCAAGCUAUUAAGAGAGCUACCAUCCCUGGUAACCUGCUCUUCAAGAGCUACAACCCCAAGAUCCUCCCUCUCCUCGACCACCUCGCACUCGCCAAGGAGACUCAAGCAUGGCCCGCACCACUUCCUGGAGCACCAAGACGAGCCAGUGUCAACUGCUUCGGUUUCGGUGGAACCAACUCCCACGCUAUCGUUGAAUCUUACGAGCCAUCACCACACACUGUCUCUCGCAAGAUGAUUCUUCCAGCUCAAGCUCCAAUGGCAAUUCCUCUCGUCCUCUCUGCCAACAACGAAUCCUCUUUGGCAAAGAUGGUUCAAAACUACUACGAUAUCAUUGAGCAAGAUGAAUCGAUCAACCUCAACGAUCUCGCAUGGACUCUUGCCAACCGUCGUUCUGAGCUCGCUCUCAAGGUUACCUUCGCUGGUGCAACCCGAGAAGCCCUCCUUGAGAACAUGAGCAAGGUUCUGCAAAAGACCAAGAACUCUCCUCCUUCCAACAUUGGUACUCGUCGCGACAACCGAACCAAGGCACCCCGCAUCUUCGGUGUCUUCACUGGACAAGGUGCUCAAUGGCCCAACAUGGGCCGUGAGAUUCUCAUGAACUCCACCAUGGCAAAGGAGUCUCUGAAGAACAUGGAUGCGGCUCUUGCCGCACUCCCAGAGACUGACAGGCCAAAGUGGACUCUUGAGGAAGUCAUCUGCGACAAAGAGAAGGGAAAGCGCAUCGACGAGGCUGAAUUCUCUCAACCAGUCUGCACAGCAGUUCAAAUCAUGCUCGUUGACAUUCUCCGCUCUGUUGGCCACAAAUUCAGUGCCGUUGUCGGUCACUCAUCUGGUGAAAUCGGUGCAGCCUAUGCUGCUGGUGUGGUUAACGCUUCUGAGGCUAUCAAGAUUGCUUAUUACCGUGGUUUCCACACCAAGCUCGCUCAAGGCCCUACUGGAAAGCAGGGUACUAUGUUGGCUGCUGGUCUCUCUCACGAAGAUGCUGACGAGUUCUGCUCUCAACCUCAACUUGCUGGCCGUAUCUCCGUCGCAGCCAGCAAUGCUCCAGAGAGUGUCACACUUUCUGGUGAUGUUGAUGCUGUGAAGGAAGCCAAGCAAAUGCUCGACGACAGAGGAAUCUUCGCCAGAGCUUUGAAAGUCAACAAGGCUUACCACUCUGUACACAUGAACCCCGUCUCCCCACCAUAUGUCGAGUCUCUCCGUGCUCAACGCAUCCAACCCAAGCUUCCAUUCGAGGGAUGCAAGUGGGUUUCUUCCGUGACUGGUGACCCAAUCGAGGAUGAGAUGGAUCUCAGAGCAUUGACCAGUGUUUACUGGAAGGAUAACAUGCUCAAGCCUGUCUUGUUCUCAACUGCCGUUGAGCAAGCUGUUUUCGGACAAGAGCCUUUUGACUAUGUUAUGGAAGUCGGCCCACACACUGCCCUGAAGGGUCCUUUCCUCCAAACAUACAAGGCUGCUAUGGGUGGAACUCUUCCAUACGGCGGAACUCUCACUCGUCACUCCGAAGACAUUGGAUCUAUGGCCACAUCCAUCGCUGGUCUCAUGAACUUCCGCGCUCCUUGUGACUUCCGCACUGAGGAGUAUGUUCAAUCUUACCAAGCUGGUGUCACCCCCGCUCUAGUCAGCGGUCUUCCAUGCUACCCAUGGGAUCACUCUCAAACAUACUGGGGAGAAUCUCGUCACUCCAAGAAGUACCGCACUCGCAGCAAGCCCCGACACGAUCUCCUCGGUGCUCAACUCCCAGAUGAUCUCGAGCACGAUCUCCGAUACAGAAACACCGUCCGUGUUUCCGAGACUCCUUGGCUCGCUGGCCACAAGGUUCAGGGCCAAAUUGUCUACCCCGGUGCUGCCUACAUCGCCAUGGCUUUGGAAGCGUCUAAGGAUCUCGCUGCCGAUCUGCCAACCAAGAUGGUUGAGCUUUUGGACAUUGAACUGACUCGUGCCAUUGGUCUCGAGGAAGGUUCCAACGGCGCCGACACUCUUCUUACCCUGAAGAAGACCCACGAAGGACCAUUGAACGGAGAGAACUUCAUCGAGGCUGAAUUCGCCAUCUUCUCCGCUGUUGGAGUUGACGCAGAAAGCUGGGACAUCAACAUGAAGGGACGCAUGCGCAUCAUCCUUGCCGACUCGAACACCCCAGACAUCAUCCUCCCUGCUCGUGACAACGCUCCUCUCCUCCUCAGCAAGCUGCACGUGGAGACCUUCUACAACACCCUCGAGAACAUUGGCUUCAACUACCAAGGUCUCUUCCGUCGUCUUGAGACCAUCGACAGACGCAUGAACAGAGCCACCGCCACUGCUACCGAGUACCCAGAAGACCCAGAGAUGCCAGUCAUGAUGCACCCUGCUUUGAUGGAUGCUUCGUUCCAGACCUGUUUCGCUGCUCUGCACUUCCCAGGUGACGGUGGAAUGAGCUGCCCAUACCUCCCAACUGGUAUCAAGUGCCUCCGAAUCAGCACUGACCGUGAUGAGUUCGGACCUGAGGCCGAGGUGACCAUUGACACCUUUGUUACCAGCAACGAGAACAUGAAGAUCUGCGCCGAUAUCGAGAUGUUCAGCAGUGCUACUGGUGCUCCAAGAAUGCAAAUCGAAGGUCUAUCCUGCACAGCGCUCGACCGCGCUACCGAGGACAAUGAUAUCGAGCUCUAUGCUCAGACUGUCUACCGCCCUGAAAUCUCCAAGUCAGCAACCGAGAUUGAAGAGGUCGAGGAGUCUUCGACUCAGCUCAGCAUGGUUGACCUCUGCGAACGCCUUGCAUACAUGUACCUUCGCAAACUCAACAGCGCUGUUUCAAGAAGAGAAGUUGAGGAGUUCUCAUGGAACCACCAGCGUAUCUUCCAAUUCAUCGACCACCUCUUCCCUGUCGUUGAGAAUGGACAACACCCAACUCUCAAGGCUGAGUGGGCUGAAGAUGACUCCGAGUGGCUUGAGGAGCAAGCUGCUAAGCACAUGGACCAAGUUGACAUCCAACUCAUCACCACUGUUGGCCAAAACUUGCUCUCUGUCGUCCGUGGCCAGACCAACCUUUUGGAGUGCAUGAUGAAGGAUGACAUGCUCAACCGAUACUACGCUCUCGGACAACAGAUCAAGGAGUCGAACGACUCUUUGAGCCGCACUGUCGGACAAAUUGUCCACAGAUACGCUGGCAUGAAGAUUCUCGAAGUUGGCGCUGGAAGCGGUGCCGUUACCAAGGGUGUCAUCGGCGAGAUUGGACAUCUGUUCAAGAGCUACACCUUCACCGACGCGACCGAGAAAUCUUUCGACAAGGCCAAGGAGAAUCUCUUCCAGUGGACUGGUAAGAUGAAGUUCCAGCCUUUGGAGAUCGAGGGAGACGUUGUGGACCAAGGAUUCGAGGAGAACUCCUAUGACUUGAUCAUUGCUUCCAACGUUGUCCAGACUUCCCAGAACCUUCAAAAGACCAUGGAGAACAUCCGAUCACUCCUCAAGCCUGGUGGAUACGUUGUCCUCCAGGAGAUCAGUGUUCCAGAUGUCCUCCGUGUCAAGUUCAUGACUCUUGGUCUUCCAGCUUGGUGGAUGGGUGAUGAAGAUAGCCGCCGAUUCGGCCCUGCUGCUUCCAUCUCUCAAUGGACAUCGCUCCUCAAGGACACCGGAUUCUCUGGUGUCGACCAAGUCACCAAUGAUCUUGCUGAUCGUCCGAUGUACAUGACUUCAGUUGUGCUCUCUCAAGCCGUUACGGAUGAGGUCCACUUCUUGAGAGAACCAUUGUGCCCACCAGCAGAGCUCCCAGUCACCAUCAAGGAUCUCUGCAUCAUUGGUAACAACUCUGCACGCAAUGCCGAGAUUACCGCAUACAUCGAAGAAUCUUGCAAGCAACUCGGAAGCGAGCUUCCAAAGAUCUCGUUCGUUCCUCGUGUGGAGAAGCUUGCUGAGUUCAAGACUCCAUUCUCCUCCGUUAUCUUCUUGCAAGAUCUCGAUGAGCCAAUCUGGAAGAACCUGACUCAAGACACCAUCACCGGUCUUCAGAACAUUGUCGACCGCUCCAAGCAAGUCCUAUGGGUUACUUCUGGAUGCAGACUCGAGAACGCCUACGCCAACAUGUCCCUCGGAGUUGGUCGUGGAUUGCAAUCCGAAUAUGCUCACGUACAAAUCCAACUUCUCGAUGUCGAGCCAUCUGAGGUUGAGACUAGCAACGAUUUGUUGGCUGCUGCUGCCAUCCGAUUGUUCGCUGACGAGGACGUUCGCGCUAUCUCACCCAACAUCCUCUGGUCUGCUGAAGAGGAGAUGAUCAUCAAGGGCGGCAAGUUCUUGAUUCCUCGUAUCACUGCCGACCAAGUCUUGAACGACCGCCUCAACGCCCGCCGCCGUGCUAUUGAGAAGCAAGUCAACCCUGCUGAGACCCAGGUUCUCAUCUCUCAACACGAGGGUAACUAUGUCGUGGCUGAGCCCCACCUUACUAUGCUCGCCUCCGAGAGCAAGACCGACAUCAAGAUUCAAGUUACUCACUCUCUGCUCUCUGCCAUCAAGGUUGGCGAGAACCAGAACAUGUUCUUGACCAUCGGAAAGGUCAUUGAGGGCGGAGACUUGACUGCCGGAAAGGAUGUUCUUGCAUUCUCUCACGUCAAUGCCUCAAUCAUCAGUGUCCCAGCUUCUCAAGUUGUCCCCAUCUACGUCAAGGUCGACUCUCCUCCCAAGUUUAUCGAAUCAGUCGCUACUACCUUCGUUUCUUCCGCUCUUUUCUCCCAACUUCGCCACGGAUCGACUGUUCUCUUCUUGGGCCCCAACAACAGCCUCGCUGCCUCUUUCCGCAACACUGCUGAUUCCGUUGGAUUGAAGGUCUUCAGCGCCUCUACCAUCCCUACCAAUGAUCCUGAGGUCGUUUACAUCAACCCCCACACCUCUGAGCGCGCCCUCCGCAAUAUUCUGCCAAAGAAGAUCGACAUGCUCUUGGACUUCUCAUCUGUUGAUCAACCAUCUAAGAUUCUGUCUCUGCAGAACUCUGAUGAGUGCAUCAACACCAAGAUCCACGACCUUUUCGGCAAGCAUGCUAGCACCAACAAGGUUGCUGAGAGUGUCAAGAAUGAGCUCCUCAAGGCCCACUUCGUUGCUGCUAACUUCGUCGAUCGCUCUGCCACACCCGAAGUUGUCACCCUCAAGGAACUCACCAGCUCCUCAGAGGCCCGCGUGUACCCAGCUGUCUUGGACUUCACCAAGGACACUGAGGUUUCCGUUCAGGUUGCACCAAUCCGAACUGAGAACCUGUUCCGUGAUGACAAGACUUACCUCCUUGUUGGAUGCACUGGUGGUCUUGGUCAAGCACUUUGCCGAUGGAUGGUACAGAAUGGCGCUAAGCACCUUGCUCUUACUACCAGAAACCCCAAAUCAGUCAACCAGGUCUGGUACAACGAGAUGGUUCGCGCUGGCGCAAAUGUUCAAGUCUUCGCUUGCGAUGUCACUGAUGGCACAUCUCUCCGCAAGACUCACGAUGAGAUCUGCAAGAUCAUGCCAAAGAUUGCCGGUGUUGCCAACGCUGCAAUGGUGUUGGCUGAUCGUCUCUUCAACGACAUCACCCUCGAGGACUUCCAGAAGUGCUUGAAGCCAAAGGUUGACGGUACUGAUCAACUCGACGAGCUUUUCGGUGAGAACAGUGAUCUCGACUUCUUCAUCCUAUUCUCUUCCCUCGCCAACACUGUCGGUAACCGUGGUCAAUCCAACUACCUCGCUGCCAACGGUUACAUGCAAACCGUCGCCGCUCAACGUCGUGCUCGUGGCUUGACUGCUUCAGUCAUGCACAUUGGUAUGGUUAUCGGUAUCGGAGUUGUGUCCCAAGAUGCUGCUCUUGAGACUUCCCUCAAGAGACAGAAAUGGAUGGCUAUCUCUGAGCCUGCCUUCCUUGAUAUGUUCGCUGAGUGUAUCUUGGUUGGUCGUCCCAACUCAGGUCACUCCAACGAUAUCAUCACUGGUCUUCCAAGAAACAGCACUCUCAACGCUGACGACAACCCAUGGUACGCUGCCAACCACAGAUUCUCCCACUACGUCCUCAAGAAGGAGGAGGGUGAGGACUCUUCUGCUGGCGGUGCUUCUCUGCCAAUCAAGCAGCGUCUCGCAGCUGCUACUACCGUUGAGCAACGCUCUGAGAUUAUUCGCGGUGACUUCCUUCUCAAGAUGAGCCGUAUCUUGCAAGCCGCAGUUGAGAACAUUGACAUCUCUCAACCCCUCCUCGCUCUCGGUGUCGACUCCUUGAUGGCUAUGGAGAUCCGAUCCUGGUUCUUGGGCCAGAUCGAGGUUGACAUGCCUGUCCUGAAGGUUCUCGGCGGUGGAAGCGUUUCCACUCUUUGCGCUGAGGCUGCUGCUCUCGUCAAGAGCUUCUCUGAGCCAGAGCCCGAGAAGCCCGAGUCUAUCCCAUCUGAGGCUUCUAUGUCCUCUGCUCCUUCCCGAUCAAUGACACCUGAUCUCCUCGACAGCCGACCAACCACUCCUGGCAUGCUCUCAGAAGACUUCACCUGGAUUUCUCGCGCUGAAUCUGAGGCCAACGAGUACGAUGGCGUUGAACUCAUGCCUGGCAUGGAGCGAGUCGGACGCAUGUCCUUCUCUCAAGAGCGUCUCUGGUUCUUGCAAUCCUUCCUUACCAACCCCGCCACCUACAACAUCACCCUCGCUUAUCGCAUCAAGGGUCCUUUCCGUGUCGCCGACUUCGACCAAGCUUUCUAUGAGCUUAUUGACCGACACGAGACUCUCCGCACUGCUUUCUUCACUGACAAGACCAACUACCUUGGAUACUUGGGCGCCGUGGAGCACACUCCUUUCGUUAUGGAGCAGAAGGCAUACACUGGCGAAGAGCAGAUCAAGGAGGAGUUCAGACGCACUAACGAGCAUCACUAUGAUCUCGAGAAUGCUGAGUCCAUGAAGGCUACUCUCCUGAUCGAGAACGCUGAGUCCUAUGUCUUGAUCAUGGGUUUCCACCACAUUGCCGUUGAUGCCACUUCAUCCUCUAUCUUGGUCCGCGACAUUGCUGCCAUCUACAGUGGUCAACAGCUUCAACCAUUGAAGUACCAAUACAUCGACUAUGCCAACAAGCAACGCAAGCUUGUUGAGCAAUCCAUGACUACCGAUGUUGAUUACUGGAAGGCUGAGUUCACAGAUAUCCCUGAGACUCUACCUCUCUUCGACUUCGGAACUGUCAAGUCAAGGAAGCCAUUGACUGAGUACAACCUCCGCAUCCAAGAGACCAGACUUGAUGCCGGAUUCUCUUCCAACCUCAAGGCUGCCGCUCAGAAGCUUCAAGUCACUCCUUUCCACGUUCACUUGGCUACCCUUCAGGUCAUGCUCCACCGACUCCUGAACAUUGACGACAUCUGCAUUGGUAUCACCGAUGCCAACAAGAACGACCCAGACCACGUCGACACUCUGGGUUUCUUCGUCAACUUGCUCCCUCUCCGCUUCAAGGUCGAAGGUGCUCGUUCAUUCGCCAGACUCGCUAAGCAGGCCAAGGACAAGACCCUUGCUGCUUUGGAGCACUCUGCAACACCUUACAACGUUCUCCUCGACAAAUUGGAGGUGCCAAGAUCCACCACUUCCAACCCUCUCUUCCAGGUUCUCAUGAACUACAAGAUGGGUUCUCUCCGCGAUGUUCCUAUUGGAGAGUGCACUGGUGAGGUCAUUGACUUCGCUGAUGCCAGCAACCCAUACGAUCUCCAAUUCGAUGUUGAGCAAUCUGUUGACGGUACUACAUUGGUCACUGUCACCACUCAAUCCUACCUCUACUCUGAGGAGGACCUGUCCACUGUCCUCAACACCUACACUCACCUCCUCAAGACCCUCUCAUCCAAGCCAUCUCUCCCCAUCAAGGACCAGAACCUCUUCACCACCAAGGCUUCUCACACUGCUCUUCAAAUCGGUACUGGCCCCAGAAUCGACCUCGACCAGUCCGUUACCAUCAACAAGAUGUUCGACUGGGCUGUCAAAGCUCGUUCCAACAAUGUCGCAGUUGUUGACAACUAUGGCGGCUCGCUCAGCUGGACCGAUAUGGCCGAAUGGGUCAGCACCAUCUCCACUCACCUCCUUACUCUGGGUGUCAAGCCUCAAUCAUUCAUUGGUGUCAACUGUGAGCCAUCAGUGAUGUCCGUCUGCUACUGGCUCGCUGUCCUCCGAAUCGGCGCCAUCUAUGUGCCAUUGGAUGUUUCCAACCCCAUGGGACGUCUCGAGCUGAUCGUCGAAGACUGCAACCCUGCUGCCAUCAUCUGCGAUGAUAUCACAAUCGGAGCUGCUCAGAAGGCCUUCGGUGCCGCUGAUCGCCACAUCUUUAAGCUCGCUGACAUUCCCCACAUCCGAUCUCACUUUGUUGAGGAUAUGUCUAAGCCAUUGGACACUGCCUGUGUUAUCUACACCUCUGGUACCACCGGAAAGCCCAAGGGAACAAUGCUCACCAACUCCAACUUUGUCAACCACAUCUACGGUGUCAACAAGGCCUGGGACAUUGGCCUUGGCAAGGAAGUUAUCCUGCAACCAACCAACUUGGGUUUCGAUCUUUCUCUUGCUCAGAUGAUGCAAUUCCUUGCUUCUCAGGGUAAGAUGGUCGUUGCCUCUGUCCAAACCAGAACCGAUCCCACCGAACUCGUCAAGCUCAUGGUUGAGCACCAAGUUACCUACACCAUCGUUACUCCUUCCGUCUACUCUCUCAUUCUCCGCCAAUCACCCGCACUUAUCUCUCAAUUGACCGAAUGGCGCUCCGCAUUCUCUUGCGGUGAGCCAUUGACAAGCUCCAUCGUCAAGGAAUUCCAAAAGGCCGCUCUGCCUAAGUUGAGACUCAUCAACUCUUGCGGUCCUACCGAAAUCACAAUCAUCAACUCCGCCUGGGAGAUUCCUCUCAGCGACCCUACUGCCAGCGAACAGAACAUGAUCGUUGGUCGCUCCCUUCCCAACUACUCUACCUACAUCCUCGACGAGAACCUCAACCCCGUUCCUGUCGGCUUCCCUGGUGAGAUGGUCUGCGGUGGUGCAAGCAUCUCGCAAUGCUAUCUCCAUCAGAAGGAGAUGUCUGCCGCCAAGUGGGUCGCUGAUCCAUUCGCAUCCAACGACGACCUCGCCAAGGGAUGGAACCGUAUGUACAGAACCGGUGACAGAGCCAAGAUGCUCCCAGAUGGACGCUUCGUCUUCUUGGGCCGUAUCAAUGGCGACAACCAAGUCAAGCUUCGUGGUGUUCGUAUCGAACUCGACGAAGUCAAGAACACCAUCGUUCGCGAGUCCAGGGGAGCCAUCACUGAAGCUGCUGUCUGCCUCCGUGGCGAGGGUGAGCAAGCCUUCAUGGUCGCUUUCGCUGUUUUCGCCAAGGAGAUUGCCGACCACCGCAAGUUCCUCACCAGCCUGCCAAUGCCAUCUGCCUAUAUCCCAAGCAUGCUUGUUUCUGUUGCCUCUCUGCCACGAACACCCAACGGCAAGAUUGACAACAGGGCAUUGGCCACUCUUGAGAUCCCACAAUUCCAAGAAGAGCAAGAUGAUUCUCCAAUUGAGCUCAACCCUGUCGAAGCUGAGUUGAAGAGCAUCUGGUCCAAGUGCCUACCACCAGGAUCAAAUGUCAAGGGUAUCCGCAAGACAUCAGACUUCUUCGUCCUCGGUGGUAACUCCAUGCUUCUCGUCAAUGUCCAAGCAAUGAUUCGCGACAACCUGAAGGCCACCAUCGCCCUUUACACUCUCUUCCAGUCCUCCACCAUCGAAUCAAUGGCAGCUCAAAUUGAGGCUGUCACUGUUGUUGAUGUUUCAGGAGCAUCCAAGAUCGAUUGGGAAGCUGAGACUGCCCUCGACCAAUCCCUCUUCGAAACCUCUCCUCUCUCCCUCGGCCUCCGACCUGUCUCAAGAUCAUAUGUCGAGGUCGUCCUCUCUGGUGCCACCGGUUUCCUCGGUACCCAGAUCCUCCGUGAGCUCGUUGCCGAUGAGCGUGUUGGCAAGAUCCACUGUGUUGCCAUCCGUCUCCCAGAAGGCAAGGCAUCACGUACUCUGCCUGUCGAGUCCUCCAAGAUCAUCAAGUACUACGGUGAUCUGACCUCAGAGCGCCUUGGCUUGUCAGAGAACCAAUUCGCUGAGCUUUCCAAGAAGGCUGACCGUAUCAUCCACAACGGUUGCGACGUCUCUUUCCUCAAGUCAUACAAGUCUCUCCAAGCCUCCAACGUUGGCUCAACUAAGGAGUUGGUCCGCAUGGCCAUGGUCCGAAAGACACCCUUCCACUUCGUUUCCACAGCCGGUGUCGCCUCUUUCGUCCCAGAGACUGACCUCGGCGAGCGAUUCAUCCCAGAAUUCUCACCACCCGUUGAUGGAUCAAUGGGAUACGCCGCUUCGAAAUGGGCUGGCGAGAAGUACCUCCAAUCUUGCGCCGACCAGCUCGGCCUCCCAGUCUUUGUCCACCGUCCAUCCAACAUCUUGGGUGAGGGUGCCGGAACCGUCAACAUGACUGCCAACAUCAUGGAGUACUCAAUGCGCAUCGGGGCUGUUCCCCACACACCUGGCCUUGAUGGCUACAUCCAAUUCGUCGAGGUCGAGGAAGUUGGAUACAUGAUCUGCAACUCUCUAUUCGCUCGUUCGCAAGGCGCUGUCGUCAAGAACCACUGCGGUGACGACAAUAUCCGACUAAGAGAGCUCGGUGACUUCCUCGACAGGAAGUAUGGUACCAGCUUGGUGAUGAUCGAGCUUGAUCAAUGGAUCGAGGAGGCCGCUAAGGCUGGUCUGAACGCGGGUCUCGCUUCUCUCAUCCGUGAGGUGUUGAGAAAUGAGGGUGGAACUGCCAGCUUGAAGACGCUGAGCAGGAAGCGCUUUUAAGGGGUCUAUCUUGAUAGAUGAUCUCUUGUUAGCUUUCCUUUACAUCGUUGUCUAUAUCAUGAUGGUGCAUAUAAUGGUUGGAGUUUGUUCUUAGCGGGGUCCUCAAAAAUGUUCUUUUUCUUUUCCUACUUUUCCUUUUUCAUAUAUUGGUUGAAACUUUGGUGGAGGAAAACAUCUUAUUUCUUAUCUUUUGCUUUUAUCUGUCGUGUCUGGAAUUGAACUGUUAGGGAGGGCACCAUGCUUGAGUUGAAGUCGAUGGAGUCGGGACCGG